AUGAGCGGUCUACGCGCCCAUAUUGCCGGUCGUUUGCGCAGCUCAUCGCAGUCGCUUUCCGCGGUCCCUCCGAAACAAGAAUCGCCGGACUACUCCCACGAGCUCGCCAAACAUGCCGCCUCCAUACUCUUUCGAUCGCCCAUCCCGUCGCGGGAGAAUAGGCCUGUAUACAUUCUCAAUGCCGCUGCUCUACCCGACACCAGAGAAGAAAACUUCGAUUCCCUCUUGCCGUACGUGCUAGCGCGACUCCCCGAAGAGGAUGAGCUGGUGAGGGGUUUCGAAUAUGAGGUUGUAUUCUUUGCUGGCGAUUCAGACGGCUCCGCUACUUCGAAGAAGAACAGGCCGGGCUGGGGCUGGUUCAUACAGGCAUAUCAUGUCUUGUCAAGAGCCAUGCGGAAGCGCCUACAGAAGUUAUACAUCGUGCACGAGAAGACGUGGGUUAGGAUCCUCACCGAAGUAUUCUCUACGAUUGUAAGCCCCAAAUUCAGGAGGAAGAUCAUACAUGCAUCUGACCUGACCAAUCUUGCACUGCACAUUCCCAUCGAAGACCUGUUGAUCCCUCCCUCUACCUACCUCUACGACCGACGAGUAUCCGAUGACAUUUACGCUCCGUAUGCAAGCGGCCGCCGGGCCUUUGGUGCUCGCCAGCCUCUGCCCAUCAGCAGUAAGGGCACACCACGAUUACCACGAGUUUUGCGAGAGACCACAACUUUCCUUCUCUUGGAGCAGAACAUCAAAGCUGAAGGACUAUUCCGUGUGCCACCGCACUCCAAGCUUCGAGAUGUGCUCAAAGAAGCUUACGAUAGAGGCCAGAAAUACAUCGUUUGGAAAGAUAACGGUGCCGUAUUGCAGCUACCGCCCUACCCGCAUGCUGAACAUCAAGACGAAAUCAUAGCCGAAAUCGACCCCAGAGAUGCCUAUUCGGUAUUUAUGGCCGCUGCACUUGUCAAGGCUUGGUAUGCGGAUCUCCGCCAGCCUGUCUUCCCGCAGUCCUGUUACCAUGAGCUAAAGCGGCUUCAUGGCAAUCCUGAUGAUAUCCUUGACCUCGAGCGACUUAAGGAGCUCUUUUCUCCUUCCUCCGAAUGGUCAUUCCUCCCCGCCAUCUCCCGCGAGAUUCUGGUCAAACAUCUGCUGCCUACUUUGAGUGCAGUCGCAGCUCGCGAGGAACAAAACAAGAUGACACCGGAGAAUUUGGCGGUGUGCAUCGCCCCCGCUCUUUUACAUGGUCCGGAUCAACUCGAAGAUGCUAAGAUGUCCUCCAUCGUACGGAGAAUAUUCACAGAGGCGAUCGAGUCAUGGGCGCAAGGGCUGCGAGAAGCUUGUGGUGAGAAUGAAGCCGCUUUUAGAGCCGCUUUAGAAUUACCGCAGUCUCAGAGCGAUUGGGAGGAUCCUCUCGAGCAGGCGCAGGGGACGGAAGAAAGAAGGUGGGAUGAAAACCACUCAACUGGAAUCGUUCUGCAAGACAACGAGAAACCAACGGAGGAACCGCCUGCCCUGCCACCGCGUGCUGGCAUAGUAUCUGGUCGGGCUCCUCACGACAACGCUACGAAACGUAAACCAGCUCCUCCACUUGAAGUUCCUCCUCGCUACUCUACGGUUGUUACCGACAGUCCUAUAGAUGCUUCUCCUGUAACAUACGGUGCGACUAUAGACGGUUUCGCACCGCGACGCAACGAGCCCAACCACAACACACACUUACCCGACGUAAAAAAAUCCGGUACGAGUUCUGGCGAUUCUUACGCUCCUCAACUUAUACUUCCCAAGAGGAAAACCCUGACAGCAGAGCAGAUUGAUAAUGCUGAAACUGCGAUCGCGCUAGUAGAUGCACGAAAAGCGUCAGAAGAGAUGGAUGCAGAAAUAAGGGUUCCAAAACCGUCCGAACUCAAGGGGUCUGCCAUGCCUCUACCAGGUCUGCUGAACCUUUCCAUCGGUAGAGCGGGAGCGGGACCUGCAGUGCCUGUGAAGCGCAAGGCCGUUUCUGGCACGUACACUGCAUCACAAGAUUCGUCACCAACAAGUGCGACAUCAAACGAGUCGCUUUCAAAGGCACUUCCUACAUCCUACAAUGACUUUCGUCGGCCCAGUCUUCCAGCGAGCGCGAACCGCACCCUGCAGAUAAACACGCUGGCACGUCCAAUAUUUCCUACAAACCCCGUCACCAACCGACCUGCAUCCAAGUCAACUUCGCUUCCGGUACCUGCUCCAAAGCCAAGGACUCCGUCGCCAUCCUUGUUGCAACGAAUGCCAUCUUUCGAGACCUCAAAGCAAGAGCAAAGCCUAGCACCACCUAGCAUUCCUCGUAGGCUCAAUAUGAAGAAGCAGUCGGUGGAUGACUUGAGGCGGCUGUAUGAGGAGAGGGCUGGAACUGCGAGCGUGCUAGUGGAGGCAGGUCGGAAGCAAUAA